GUAGGUAGGUACGGUAGUAAAGUAGACCGGUAAUCAAAAUAAUGAUAACAAUAAAACGAUCGCAGAGCUAACUUUAUGAUCAGUAAAUUUUCUUUAAAGCAAUAUUCGUGUCACAAAUUUAUCCAUUUUAUUUUGACACUCUUCUAUCUAUCAAACUAAAAUACUAUUUUUAUAUUUGAGUAAAAAUUGCUUCGUGUCCUCGAGGUAUGUAGUUUUAUCAAAAAUAAAGGAGUUCUAAAUAAACCAACGUUUAUAGUUCUCGUCAUCGUUUCUCUAGAACUGUACUUACUUUAAAGUAGCAACAAUAUUUUUAAUACAAUUAAGGUUUCUGAUCCUGACACAUAAUGAAGUCUCAGCAAUCGGAAUUAUGUUCUCUCUAUACCAAGAUAUUCGUAGUGGUUUCUUGUUACUGGGUGGUGUCAAUAGUGACAGUAUUUGUUAAUAAGACACUAUUCAGCAGUCAAACAGUGGCUCUUGAGGCGCCUCUAUUCAUAACUUGGUUCCAGUGUAUAAUUUCAUUCUCAAUUUGUUUUACAUUGAGUCAAAAUGGUGGAGUUCCUGGUAUAUUUUCCUUUCCAAAAGGAACACCUUGGAGUAUGGACGUCAUGAAAAAGGUGAUUCCACUGGCAAUAAUGUAUACUUUGAUGAUAGCCACAAAUAAUUUGUGUUUGAAGCAUGUAGGAGUACCGUUCUAUUAUGUAGGAAGAUCUCUGACCACAGUCUUCAAUGUUGUAUUUAGCUGGAUAUUAUUAAGACAGGCAACAUCGUCCAGAUGUAUUUUGUGCUGCGCCUUCAUUAUAUUCGGAUUCUAUCUUGGAGUUGAUCAAGAAAACUUAUUAGGGUCAUUUUCCCUUAUAGGAACAAUCUAUGGAGUGGUUGGUUCCCUCAUGCUAUCCUUGUACUCUAUAUUCACAAAGAAGGUUUUACCAUAUGUUAACCAAGAAGUAUUGUUAUUGUCGUACUACAAUAAUGCAUACUCCAUAAUACUUUUCAUACCGCUAAUGUUAAUCAACGGAGAAAUGACAGUUUUGAUGAACUACACUAAUUUCCAAAGCACCUACUUCUGGUUUCAAAUGGUAAUAGGUGGUCUAUGCGGUUUUGCAAUAGGAUACUGUACUUCUCUACAGAUAAAGGUGACAUCACCCCUGACACACAAUAUAUCUGGCACAGCAAAGGCUUGUGCGCAAACGGUGAUCGCGACGCAGUGGUACAACGAAAGUAAAAAUGCGCUUUGGUGGACGUCCAAUUUAAUAGUACUAGCCAGUUCAGCUUUAUACGCAAGAUUCAAGCAGUUGGAGAUGGAAGUUAAAUCAAAGACGCCAGUGCCUGAAGAAAAACAGAGCUUAGUAUAAAUUUAUUUAGGUAUAUCCUUUUUUUUGUGUCCUAAUACAUUCCGUUAUUAGUUAAAUGUUGAGAAAUUUUAUUUACAAAGUGGUUAUCGUUAUAGUUACACCGUCAAUGUGUCGUUCUACGCGUGACAAAUUGAGUCUGACACUAUCGUCCGACAACGACUAAGAAUCAUCAAUUUUUCAAAAUUUUAUUUAGUUAAUAUGUAUAUGUUAUUCUUAAACACUAUACAACCAAGAAGUCUCCCUGAAAAAUAAGUUAGAAAUAGUGUAGAGGAAUGAGAAUUUUUUUUAAAAAAUCCGUCUCAAUAUCUACCUAGAUGUGUACACUUACUUACACUUAGUCUUGUGCUAUGAAGCCUUAUAGGAAUAGAUAGAUAGGCUUAUAGAAAUAUAUAUAAAUUAUAUAUAGAAAGUAAGUGGGUAGGGUAGGUUCUUAUUUGCUUCUAUAUUUUUUAUACCUGUUUUUUUUUUAUCUGACUGACGCGAUGUCACAGGUCGCAAUCCAAUAGCAUCCGAAACAUAUACAUACUGAAAAUAUGUCUGAUUUUUGUCAGAUAGCUAAAUAUUAGUGUAGCUGUCUCAAUGCCAGAUUGUUUCUUUCAGACGAGAGAAUAUUUAGUGUAUUAAGUAUAUUGUCUAUAAUAUUAAGCAUAUUAUCUAUACACGAGAGCAUAAUGUGUCUAUAGCAGUGAUUCUGAACCUUUUUUUUGUUGCGGCACAUAUUUAACGAUUUGAAAAUUUGGCGGCACACAAAGAAAAAGAUAAAAGUUAUUUACUUACUAUUGAAUCACAUACAUUUGCCAAUUUUAACGAAAGAAAAGGUGCAGUAACUACUAUGCAACACCUUGUGAAUCCCAACUAUCACUAAAACAACACGUUUUGUACGCAGAAAUGGCAAGUGUGCGCCGACUUGAGACAUAUUCCUAUUGCUAUGCACGCCGCUUCAUCAUAAUUUGGCACUAAGAAAAACCGCGUUGCAAAGCAAAUAAUAAAAUAAUUUAUUUUUUUGUGGAUUUAAAUAUAUAUUCAUGUUAAAAAUAUUUUUCUUUUUAAAUGAUAUAAUUUAAUAAUAUUAACA